UAUUUUUGUAACAAUAAUUGUUCAAUCAUAUAGGGCAACUUGGCAUUAAAUUGCUCUGAAUUCUAGCGUGUGUUGAAGAGGGAUGAUCUUAUAUCUAGAAUGCCUCAAAAUGAAAUGGCAAAUGAUGAUGUGGAGAUUAUUACGCAGAAAUCUAGAGGCCUUUACCGUAAACACAUGUCCGUUAACGAUAAAAUGUCACAUUUGGCACAAGGAAAGGCUGGAUCCCUUUCAAAAAAAUGGUUUACACAUAUAUUCCUACUAGCUGCCAUCAUAGUCUACACAAUAAUUGGAGCAGUACUGUAUGCUAUUGUUGAAGGAGGUCCAGAAGCUGCUCAAUUAGAUGAGCUUUUGAUGAAAAGAAAUGAUGUCAUAGAUAAAAUACAAGAGCUGGUGACAUCUGGCACGCCUCAAGUUGCUGAUAAAGCUGUAAUUUUGUUACAAAGCUAUGAAGAAAAGUUGGUAGAACUAUUUGAAAAGAACAGCAAGCUUUUGGUCGGAGGUGAAGAUCAGCUCAAUUGGAAUUUUUUAGGGUCUGCAUUUUUUUGCAGCACUGUUUACACUACUAUAGGGUACGGUCACAUAGCACCAAUUACAACGGCUGGAAGGGUGUUGACAAUUGUUUAUGCCUUGAUAGGUAUCCCACUUUUUCUUACAUUACUUGCAGAUUAUGGGAAAAUUCUAACAAAAGGGAUUAAAUGGGUAUGGGUGUACAUAAGGCGCUUUUACUACACUGGUUCCUGCCGAAAAAAGCCAGCACUGGCAUUGUUGGAUGAAGAUGAGUAUGCAGAGAAUCCAGAUGAACUAAGUGAUGAGUUCAAUUUACCAGUUACCGUUGCACUGUCGCUCUUUGUUUUGUACAUGCUUAUAGGGGCGACAUUGUUUUACAUGUGGGAAGAGUGGACCUUUUUUGAAUCAUUUUACUUUGUUUUUGUUUCAAUGGCAACAAUUGGUUUUGGAGACUUUGUACCUGAGAAUCAAGUUUAUACAAUGGCACUUGUAAUUUAUUUGAUCUUUGGAUUAGCUCUUACUUCCAUGUGUAUCAACGUUGUUCAAGAAAAAAUAUCAGAUACUUUUACUCAAGCAACUGCAAAGCUUGGAGAGACUGUAGGCAUUGAAAUAGUAGAAGAUGAGGAUGAUGAUGAUGAUGAUGACGACGAGUCAAAAGCAAAGGCAGGAAAGUCAGGCUCGAGUUCUAAUAAAGGAGUGAGGUUUAGAGGUAAUCCUCCACCAGGAAAAGGCCCUCAAGGAAAAGGUGGCCAGUAAUUAACUGUAAAUAUUGAAUUUAAAAAAUCUAAUUUUAAAUAUAUAUUAAA